CGCGAGGGCGAGGUGGGAGCGAGGGGAGGAGGCACCGACCUGCACAGGCAGGUGCGAGUGGUGCGGCAUGGGCAUGGGCAUGGGCAUGGGCAUGGCUGCAGGGAUGCGGAAGGUAGAGGCGAGGCCAGCAGCGGUGCUAGCAGGGGCGCCGGCAGCAAGGAGGGUGCGAGCAGCAGGGAGGGCACGGGGCGACGGUACAGUGCCGACAGGGGUCAGGGUGGGGUAGGCAGGGAGGCGGGAAGGGAGCACAGGGAGGCCGGUGGUGUGGUGGCAUGGGUUCCACGGCCCUUCCUGUGCGGUGGGGCACGUAGGGCACGGCACAGGCGCGUGGGGGGAGAAGAAGAGCUGUGCAAUGGUGAUGGCGAUGGUGAUUGUGCUGACGUCAUGCCCGCAUAUCGUGAAGCCGUGCAUGAGCGGUGUGCAGAGGACGGCGCGAGGAAGGUUUGCGGGCAGAGGGACAAGUGGGGGCAGCUGAGGGACAAGUGGGGGCGGCUGAGGGACAAGUGGGGGUGGCAGAGGGAGGGGUGCGAUGAGCAUGGCUUUUGUAUGAGAGACAGCAGCAGCUGGCACUACUGCCACCAGUGCAGAGCCAUGACGGCAGCACGCACCACGCGCUGCGCGUUGUGCCGAGCGGGGAAGAACCAGACAUGCGCUCACUGCCUCCUCACCAGGUACGGGGAGAGCAUUGCUGAGGCGCUAGCUGAUGCCACGUGGCAGUGCCUGGUGUGCCGCGGCCUGUGCGACUGCACCUUCUGCAGGGCAAAUGAGGGGUGGCAAGCACCACGCGCCAUGUGUAGAGUGGUGUGAAACUCGUCUGAGGAGAGAAUAUCAGAAAAUUGAAUGAUUGUGAUAGAGGGAGAGUACACACAAUAUAGCUAAGUGUUGUACCCUCUAAGAGGCUACCCUAUACAGUCUAUAGACAUGUUUGACACACCCCCUAGACUGCAUAGGGGAAAGUCCUAAACA